UGGAUUUUUGAAGAGUGUGGUAAUUUUUUGAAACUGAUUUUCACCCUUAGCGGGAAGGGUCAAGAGGCAGAAGCUGGGUCCUGAAGGGCAGCAGAAGGUGAAGGAGUCUGCUGUGCGCCUCCUGUGGAGCCAUCUGGACCUGAGUGACCUUUUGCUUGAGGUGGACGGCCCGCCACGUAAAACACUGUGUCUCAGCCAGUGGGUCAGUUGCAGUGGCCCUGAGGGCUGCGCUGAUCCGUCCAGCUCACUCGUGGUGACUCAGAAAGAGGCUCAAAAAUGGUACGAACCGAAGCAUCCCUUGUACAAACGGGACAGUAGCAUGCUGCUCCUUCCUGGAAGUGGUGAGAACAGAUCUGCUGGGUGGGGAAGAGCAGCAGGUGGCCAGGAAUACAGGCCAACCUGGGAGACACCACUGGCCUGGGGCCAGACCCUGCUGUGAGAAUACUGCAGUGAAGCGAGUCCCACAAAUCCUGGUUUCCUGGCUGUGCUCUGCGGGACCAGGCCUCGCGGCUGGGCGUUCCAGUGGCGGUCCUGUCCAGCCAGGUGGUGGCCUCUGGCCUCGUGCGGAUAUGUGAGGCGGACGCCAGGCCCUCCCCUGAGGUGCUGCUGACUCCGGAGCAGAGGAAGAAACUGUCUUCCUUGUUAGAGAUCACUCAGAACUUACUAGCACACAGCAUGUUCUCCCGUGUCUUCUUCUGCCGAGAAUUAUGGAAAAUACAGAAUUCUUUGCUGCUUGAAGCUGUGUGGCAUCUUCACGUUCAGAACAUUGUAAGCCUCCAGGAGCUGCUGGAAAGCCAGGCCAACGUCCAGGCCGUGGUGGCCUGGCUCUUCAGGAACCUACGCCUCCUGUGUGAGCAUAUAGAAGCGCCCUGUCCACAGGCUGACAUCGGCAGGGCCGUGCUUACUGAUAUUGUGCGCUUGCUUGUGUUGAGCGGCUUCCAGAAAGGUGUGGAUCUGAGGAGAAGCGUGAAGCUGGAGCAGACGCCCCAGGUAGUCGCCGCGGCUGUCCUUGGGAGGAUGCUCACGUUCGCAUUGGAGGCUCUGGCUGGCGGGAUAAAGGAGGAGUCCCCCGAGCACAGGACAGCGAGGGGCUGGUUCAGCACGUUCAGUGGACACACGUAUCAUGGUAUAAUUUCAACAGACUCUCCAAAGAGGUUUUUCUUUCAUACUCUGACCCAGAUCCUCACCCACAAGCCUGUGCUGAAAGUUUCUGAUGCUGUUCAAAUGCAGAGAGAGUGGACCUUCGCGAGGUCCCACCCUCUGCUCACCAGUCUGUACCGCAGGCUCUUGGUGGCCCUGAGCCCUGAGGAGCUGGUCAGCCAUUUGCAAGAAGUUCUGGAAACCUGUGAGGUGAACUGGCAGCACGUGCUGUCCUGCGUGUCUGCGAUGGUGGUCUGCUUGCCGGAUGCCCAGCAGCUGGUUACCGGUUGGGUGGCCCGUUUGCUGGCCCGUGCGUUCGGGAGCUGUGACCUGGACAGCAUGGUCACUGCAUUCCUGGUUGUGCGUCAGGCCGCGCUGGAGGGCCCCUCUGCGUUCCUGUCCUAUGCAGACUGGUUCCAGGCCUCCUUCAGCAGCAUGCGGGGCCCCCAUGGCAGCAGCAAGAGGGCCUUGGUCUUCCUUUUCAAGUUCCUGUCCGACCUCGUACCCUUCGAGGCCCCCCGGUACCUGCAGGUGCACAUUCUCCACCCGCCACUGGUACCCAGCAGGUACCGCUCCCUCCUCACCGACUACGUCUCACUGGCCAGGACGCGCCUGGCCGACCUCAAGGUUUCCAUAGAGAACACGGGACUCUACGGGGCCCUGUUGUCAGCUGGAGAUGUCGCAGAGCCCCACAGCCAGGCAUCCCAAGAUGUGGAGAAGGCCAUCGCGGUGUUCAUGCAAACUGGGAAGAUUCCUGCCGCCGUCCUGGAGGCCAGCGUGUUCCGGAGGCCCUACUACCUGUCCCACUUUCUCCCCGCCCUGCUCACUCCGCGAGUGCUCCCGGCAGUCCCCGAUUCCCGGGCAGCCCUCGUGGAGUCCCUGAAGCGAGCAGAUAAAAUCCCCCCGUCUCUGUACUCCUCCUACUGCCAAGCCUGUGCCGCUGCUGCAGAGACGGGGCCGGAAGGUGCAGCCCCAGGAGGGAAGGAGGAGCCCCGCAGCGCAGAGGAGCCCCUGGGCCUGCUCACGGCUGCCCUGGGGGAGCUCAGGGCCCUGUUGACCGACCCCACCCAGCAUGAUGGCCUGUUGGCUCAGGUGGCAGUGAUUUCCGAGAGGCUCGGCGCCACCCUGGGCCUCGGCGAGGACGACAGCAGCGUGGAGCCUGUGGUUCAGCUCAGCAUCCUUGCUCCCGAGCUGGAAGGGCAGGAGCGGAGGGUGGUGGAUCUCCUGCUGACAUCUUUCUGCCAGAACCUCAUGGCAGCCUCCAGCAUCGCACCCCCCGACAGGCAGGGCCCCUGGGCCACCCGCUUUGUGAAGACCCUGUGCAGACGCAGGCUUCUCCCCGCUGUGCUCACCAGGCUCUGCCAGCUGCUCCGCCACCAGGGCCCGAGCCUGAGUGCCUCACACGUGCUGGGGUUGGCCGCCCUGGCCGUCCACCUCGGCGAGUCCAGGUCUGCACUCCCGGAGGUGCGUGUGGGCCCUCCCACCCCUGCCAGCGGCCUCCCCGUCCCCGAGCUCUUCGACAGCCUCCUGCCAUGUGGGACCAAGGAGUCCUCAGUGCUGUGCCUGAAAUUUUGUACAGCGGCAAUUUCUUACUCUUUGUGUAAGUUUUCUUCCCAGUCACGUGACAUUUUGUACAGUUGUUUGUCUCCAGGCCUUAUAAAAAAGUUCCAGUUCCUCACGCUCAGGCUGCUCUCAGAAGCCCGGGACGCCCCCUUGGAGGAAGCCCCAGCCGACCUGCCCUGGAGGCCCCCGGGCUUGCCCUCCGCUGACUGGCAGCGAGCCGCCCUUUGCCUGUGGAGGUGGAGAGCCUUCCAGGAACUGUCAGCGCAGGACAGAUUCCACCUGACCUACAGAGACUGGUUGCAGCUGGAACUGGAAAUUCAGCCUGAAGCUGAUGUGCUCUCAGAUACAGAAAGGUGGGACUUCCACCAGUGGGCCCUCCACCAGCACUUCCUCCCAGCGCCCUGUGCUGUUGGGGGCUGUGAUGGGGACCUGGAAACCGCCUGCUCCGUCCUCCUAGACGCGCUGAUGGACUCCUGCCAAAGUUCAAGGAGCUACGACCACAGAGAGAACCCUGAUUUGGCUCUUGGCAGCUGCACAGGAAAUCGGGAUGUUUUCUCCAGGUUGCAGGAGAUGGUUGGGGACCUGGAGCAGGUCCCGGCGGCGCCCCUCGGCCACUCCCCUUCUCGGGGGCACUUCCUCUUCACGGUUUUCCGCAGGCGGCUCCAGGCUCUGGCGGGUGGGGGGGCCGUGGCCACCUGCCUUCAGAGACAGCGGGAGCUGCUCACAUGCAAACGGAUCCUUCUGGGCCUGCCCCCCUCCCUGCUCUUCAGCCACCCCCAGGAAGGACAGCCCGCCACCCCCAGCUGUGACGACUUCUUCCACUUCGUCAACUCCGAGCUGAGAAACUUAUGCUUCCACGACGGUGCCCUGACCCACGACAUCACCGUCCACUUCUUCCGGGGGCUCCUCAAUGCCUGCUUACGGAGCAGUGACCCUGCACUGGCAGCCGACCUGACCCUGACCGCCUGCCAGACCAAGUGCCCCCUGGUUCUGACCUCUGCUCUGCUGUGGUGGCCACACCUGGAGCCCGAGCUUCAUUGCCGGUGGAGGAAGUGGUCCCGGGGCCCGCUGCCCCCAGAGCUGCAGAGGCUGCAGGAGGCCCAGCAGUUUGCCAGGAGCCUCCUCUCCCUGGACACGGACAUGGCGUCCCCCGCACCUGGCCCCGCCUGGGUCUCUGCGGCGGCUCUGCACUUGGCAGUUCGGCGGGCCAGGAAGGAAGACACCAUGAGGGUGCUGAGCAAGCUGGACAGCCAGAGGGAGGAGCUGUUGGUUUUCCUGUUUUUUUUUUCCUUGAUGGGCCUGCUCUCAGCACACCUGAGCCCGCAGGCUGCUGACUCCCUGAGGGCUCUGGACACCUGCGCUGAGAUCCUGGGGUGUCUGCAGAGGAGGAGGAUCUCCUGGCUGAGGCUCUUCCAGUUGACAGAGGCAGAUGCGGGCCUGGGACGCACUCUCCUCCUCUUGGCCCCCGACCAGCACAUCAGGCUGCUGCCGGCCGCCUUCUACAGUCUCCUCUCCUACUUUGAGGAAGACUCCCUUCUCAAGGAAGAAGCCUUCCUGCACGUUGCUGUCGACAUGUAUCUGAAGCUGACCUGCCUUUUCGUGGCUGGGGAGACGCGUGUGGUCUCGACUCCGGCCCACAGCCUGGAGCUCCAGGGCCAGGGCGACCCCGUGAGCCUGCUAACAAAAGCUCGUCUUUUCCUGCUGCAGUCGAUACCACGGUGUCCAAAAAGGAGCUUCGCACACGUGGCAGAGCUGCUAGCCGCUGGUGCAGACUGUGACCCAGAAGUGAGUGCCGCCCUCCUGAGCAGGCAGCAGGCUGUGCUCGACCUUGACCUCGACCAAGAAGCCUGUCUCUCCUGAUGCAACCUGCCCAGGGCACAGCCCUGCUCCUCUGUAAAUAAUUUAUUAUACACGUAACAUGGAGUUGUUGUUGCACCGAAAA